UUCAUUUUCCCAUCAGCCUUCCAGUAUUCCACACACAAUCCAAACAGCAGCAGUCGCCACAUGGCCAAGCAAUAGUCAAAAACAAAUUUCAAGUAAACAAAAUUAUUAGCCUAAUGGAGAAGAUGAAUUCGUGGUUCGGCAUUGCCCCUCCCUGCAGGUUGCGGCGUUCCCUCGAGGCUUUGGGCCUGUCCAAUCGCCACACGGACUGCAGCUUCAUUAUCCAAUCACCCACCGAGUGCCGUGUGUUCCUGUGCCACAAAUUGAUCUUUUGCUGCGCCUCGGAGGUCUUCGACCGUAUGCUCUAUGGGGACUUCAAGGAGUCCACCACGGGUGAGGUCACACUGAAGGAUGUGGAGCCGGAUAUAUUUGAAAAGUUUCGUGAUUAUGUGUACGGCUACGAGUCGGAGAAACUGGAGCGCUACGGCACCGAUACGCUCAUCAAAUUGUGCGACUUUGGCAACAAGUUUAUGGUGGAGUCCAUCAAGGAGGAUUGCGUGAAGGAAAUGACAAAUCGCAGGAUCCAUUUGGGCAUGGGAGAUCUAAUGCUGCUCUUCCAGUGUGCCCAUACCCUGAACAAUAAAUCGAUAACGGAGCGGGUCGUCUCGAAAGUGGGUCCAUUCCUGCGCGAACCCUUCAACCAGUCCGUGGUGCUCGAUUUCAACACGGAAGUUUUCAAGAAUUACAUCGAAACCAUCGCCAUCAAGCUGCUCGAGUCGGAUCGUUUUAUUCUUAUUGAAACUUAUCUCAAGCACAACGGUUUGGUGAUCGCUGCCCCCAACGCUGUCUGCUCCGAUGCGAGCAGCGAAUCGGAGUGCCCAUUGGUGGAUCAGGAGAUAACGGGCGCAUAUGUCUCCCAGCUUUUGGCUUUGAUUGACUUCAGGCGCUUUACGCCGAGUCAGUUCUACGAGGGACCCGGCAAGAGUAAUCUUUUGACCAUCCAACAGAAGUAUGAAUAUCUUUAUCAAAUAGCCGAAGAAUGUGCCAAGACCAAGGAUGAGUUGCGGGGCAAUGGCAUGGAGGCUUUUCCAUCAGUUGGACUGAUUACCAAGCGGAAUAGCGGACCCUACUAUAGAGCCGCACAUUGUCAUUGCUGCUUUCCGCUCAAUGCCGAUUUGGAUUUGUCGGAAUGAAGUUUGAAAGUUUUUGAAUGCAAAAGGAAUUUGGAUAAAAAUAAAAGUUGAAAUGGAAAUUUAA